UGUUUAUGUCGAAAACUGUAGAAAACUCAUUAUUAUUAACGUCGAUUGCCCUGAAUAUAUCAGGAUUGUCAGCGUCGAAAUCAAGACCGUUUUAUCGUGGACAUGUUUGUGAAGUAGUUGAUAGUCUGUGUUAUUCAAAACCUGAAGUACUGCAUAACAAACAUGGAUCAAACGCCAUAGUCCACACGAGGGUAAAGGACGUGCAGGCAAUAGAGAGAUGAUUAUAUCGAAAGUAUUGUAGUGGAAAUAAAGAGCCAGGAUACUAUACUGUUUUGGAUCAGGUGAUUAAGUGAAAAUCUCAAACAACCGUAAAAUGAUUGGAAAAUAUCAUGUCAACCUUGGAAUGGCUGUUCUUCUCGUUCUUCUCCUUCUUAUGGGUUUGCCAAAAACAUGGUCUAAGCGUUUGGAUUGGGAUCGUGUCACAGAAAAGCUAAAAAGGAAAUGUUUUAGCAAAUCGAACGUAAUGAAAGAUACGCGCAAUUGUGAAGGAAGACUUUCAUGUCCACGUACGUUUCGGGAAUCGACAGAUUGUUGGGCUAAAACAUGUGCAGGAGAAAGUGCCAACUCUUCUUGUCCCGUACUUUUUUUCUAUACCAACGUUUCCUUUGAAACCUUUUGUGAUAAAAAUGGAAAAUGGAAUUUCACUCAUUUGAACUUCCUGAAAAGAUGUACAAAACGCCCACCAGAUAAUUUGAGAGAGAUUUUCGACAAAUUGCUAGAGAAUAAGGAUUUAACGACGAGGCAUAAGCAAAUGAAGGUUUAUCUUACAUUUAGUUGGAUAUCUUUUUCAUUCAUGAUACCUUCUCUCACCAUGUUGUUUUACUUCAUUGAUAGAAAGAAUGUCCGCUUUAACUUACACAAGAAUCUCAUUUCUACUUUUUUGCUUCGGGUGGUGACAUUUUUCAUAAACUAUUACGGAGGUCUUGAUACGACGGCUUGUAAUGUGUUCUGGGUAUUUAACCGCUUCUUCGCGGUUUCAGAAGUAACGUGGAUGUUGAAUGAAGCUCUCUUCUUGUUGAAACUUUUAUUUCGAACAUUUGAUGCGAAGUCGUAUUUUUGGGUUUUCUUUGCAUUUGGCUGGGGACUUCCUGCCGUUUUAGUGUUUGGUAUUUACGUUCCUCUUAUGUUGAGAGUCGUGGAUACAGAAAUAGAUAAGUGCUGGGAAACUGAGAAAGAUUCAUAUUAUAUGUUCAUCCUGUAUGGUCCCAUGACGUUAAUGCUUCUGAUCAACUUCGUGACGCUGAUAUAUGUCAUUUAUGUACUUCUUGAUAAACUGCGGAUAUCAGCGACAUCCGAACUACUACGACUCAAGAAAGGCAUAAGGGCUGCUUUAGUUUUGAUGCCUCUGCUUGGUGUUAUUUAUUUAAUGAUACUGUAUGUUCCUGGUAAUCCUCCAGUAUGGUACAGUUAUCUCAUAAGGAUACUUUACCCCAUGCAGGGAACUCUUGCUUGCCUUGUUUAUGUCGUGUUUAAUGGGGAAGUAAGACAAGCUAUAAAAACGAGAUGGAAUCGGUGGUUUCAUACAAAGUCGGAGUUUCUGGAAAGAAGACUUGAAGUUGCAAACUUUCUGAAUGGUACCCAGUUCGUCAAUGAUCAACAACGAGUCAAUGGAAAUGAUAUUACCAAAAAGACAGUUGUGAUUAACACGGAUUCUCGUGGCUUCGUUUCAAGUCAUCUUACAAAGGAUUGUACAUCAUAUCAAACUAAAGCUUGCGAUGAAUUGAAGAUGAAUAUUUCACCGACAUCGCCUGUAUUGUCUGAUGGUGGAGAUCAAGAAAGACCGCUUUUUCCAGUGGAAAACUGUAAAAGAUAAUAUGUUACAGUUAGAAAAUGCUGUGGUUGCGAUCUUACGUUCAGAUGGAUAAUUGCAUGCAGUGGAAGCAAAGAAUGCUUUUUUGAAGAAUAUCAAAAAUACCUUGUUU